ACGUUUUGUUUCGAUUUGCUUGGCCUUGGCUUGUAUAAUAUGAUAUAUAACUGCCACUAUGUUGCUAUAAUAGUCUUGAUUUCCAACACUCAUGGCUAUCCACAUGCACCACCACAUGCACCUCCACUAUGGACUACGCAACCCUCUCCCCAUCCUCCUCAACCACCACCAAACCACCAUCCAAAUUCUCCGAUGACUCGGCAAGCACCUCCACCACAAGCCCCUCAUCCUCCUCCAUCACAAGCUACGGCAGCCUCCACUCCAAUCUCUCUCUCCAAACAUUACCCUCAGUCCCUUCUCUCCAAACCCUAGCUCCCGAAACCCUAAACAUAUCCGUCGCCAAAAACUCCCUCUCUUCUUUAAAACCUCAUACUUUCCACGUCACCUCCCUCUCGGUUCACAAAAAUCUUCUCUACGCCGCCUCCGGGACUUUCGUCAACGUUUUCGAUAUCGAAACAUUCACACUUAUCGACACAUUCCAUGGCAAAAACACCGCAUCCGGUUCCGUCAAGUCGGUCACCUUUCACGACAAAAAAAUUUUCACCGCAAGCCAAGAUUCAAAAAUUCGUGCCUGGGAUUUGGCGACGGAUGAAAAUAUCCGUCACCAACUUAUCGCGACACUUCCCACCGUUAAAGAUCGAUUACGCCGUUGCAUAAUACCAAAAAAUUACGUUAGGGUUCGGCGUCACAAGAAACGGUUGUGGAUUCAACACCACGACGCCGUUUCGGGGUUAGCGAUUUUUGAUGAUUUUUUGUAUUCGGUUUCAUGGGACAAGUACUUGAAAAUUUGGUCCGCAUCGGAUUUUCGUUGCAUGGAGUCGAUUAAAGCUCAUGAUGACGCAAUUAACGCCGUGAUUGUUUCCGUUGACGGGAUGAUUUACACGGCGUCGGCAGAUCGGAGCAUCAAGGUUUGGGAAAGAUCGGUUAAAGAUCGGAAAAAAUGGGUGCAUGGAUUAAUAGCUACGUUAGUGAAGCAUAAAUCGGCGGUUAAUGCUUUGGCGUUAAAUUCGGACGGUUCGGUUUUAUUUUCCGGUUCAUGUGACCGGUCCAUAUUGGUAUGGGAAAGGGAAGAUAGUGCAAAUUAUAUGGUGGUCACAGGUGCAUUAAGAGGUCAUGGAAAGGCUAUAUUGUGUUUGAUUAAUGUCAAUGAUUUAUUAUUUAGCGGAUCAGCUGAUCGAACGGUCAGGAUUUGGCAACGUGGAGUGGCGGAGCGGAAAUUUUGCUGCUUAACGGUUUUGGACGGGCAUGAAAAGCCGGUGAGGUCGUUGGCGGCGGCCGUCGACGAGAAUGUGGCGGCCGGCGGUGGAAUGAAGGUGUUUAGUGGGAGUUUUGACGGUGAGAUUAAGGUGUGGGAUGUGGUGGUUUCGAGUUUAGAAACUAGUAAUGCAAUUUUAUGAUUUGUACAAAUAGUAAAUUAAUAUGUUUGUUUUUGUGUAUGUGUUGGUCAUUUUUAAGAUUGCAUGUACCGAUUGGUAUCUAGAUUCCAGUGUCAACUGUCAAGGGGUUUAUAAUUAGCAUGCUAAACAGGGUUUUAUCUGUUUGUUGGAUAAUUAACUAUUGUUUUUUAUGUAAAGAAGAGAUUACCAUUCUUUUCUUUUGUAUUUUUUAACAUGGGUAAUAAAUUUUUAGUGACA